AUGUCAGAGCCCAACGAUGCAACACUCGAGGAUCUCCAAACCUUUCUUGGAACCAUACAGAAAUAUCACACAAUUGACGAGUUCCGCGAGAACCUGGAGUUCCACGAAAAUCCUUUGUGGGAGCCAAAAGUUAAUCAACCCAUUUCUUCAGUUGAUUAUCUGUUUGAUUUCAAAUGGGAGCAGAUUGGAGGAAGUGCCAUUAGCUUUUCCUUAAAGACUCUGCGUAUUGCGAAGCACCUUCGGACGGCUCUCGUCGCUAAAGUACCUGAUCAACUAGGAGGGUUUAAUGACUAUACCGGCGUGAUGAUUCCAGGGGAGAUCAUCGUCGAAGAGAUUAUAACAGGUAGAACGAGGGAAACAUAUGACCACGAAACCAAACUUAAAAUAAAGCCAGAAAUCGAGGGACAAAAAGCUCCAUUGAUCGGGAUGGUACGAACGUUGAGUUCUAAAGAAAAGGAGAAAUACGUCAAAACAUCAGUUGAACGCGAACCGGAAAAUUCGGACCAGCUACGGGUUUUCCGUUACCAUGGAGCUGCAACUCGUAAAGUAAAGACAAACUUGGGCAGUACAAUAAACAUCGGCUUUGAGGUGUCCAACGAAUGA